CAGGACAAGGAGAAGUCGAGGUGCCCCUUCCUCGCCCCCCACUUACCCCUACCAACAGCGUCUUGGUAUAGGUACUUAGCGGCGUCGUAUCCCAAGCUUCCCGCCACUGGUGGAUAUCGUCGAGGAUCAACCCACUUGCAAAUUACCAACCCUGUUCCGGUCGGUACCUGGUAGCAGAAUUUUCCUCUGAGCUGGCUGCGACCUGAACCGACUAAGAAUCAACGGACGAACGACCCAAGAAUAUUUGAGUCCCCACUUCGACCUCUGCCGGGCCCAAACAGGAGCACCGCCUCUGGUCACUCCACCAACCCAACCCGUCUGGAAAGUUGAGCCUCAUCUUCCUGGUCCUAUCCACAUUUGACCACCAAUACGCCCCGCGACGCUACCGACAGCAACCUCCAAACCAACCCGCCAAAACAAACUCCACCAACCGUGGAGAUUUCUCAGACGCGUCUCGACAACGACCGCGUCGACGACCUUGGAGAUACACGAGGACAAUUGAGCGCAAGUGAGCCUACAACCUCGAGAGAAUCGUCGCGCGAACUCUCCUUGACACGACAGCUGCACCGCACCGCACCGCACCUGCACUGCCUUCUCGCCGACCUCGAUCCAAAGAUUCGAGAGUCCCGGUUUCUUCACGUCAAAAGACUACAAACAAGCUUGGGUUCGGAUGCUGCCGCUGCGUUCUUCGCAACAGGGUAGGCAACGAGUUGGAUUAUGGACAACAACCACCACUAUUCCUCGAACGUGAUCAACAGCACGAGCGCGGGUUCAUACCCGUCCCCUUCCACCAUCUCUCCCACCAAUCAUCUCCAGAACGGACAGAACCAGACUCUGCCUUCUCUCCAUCACAAUCCCGCCAUGUCGAUGUACGCGAGCCACCCCCACACACCUCGCACGCCUGCGACGCCCAACACUCCCAACUCCAUGGGCGGGUAUGCGCCGCCUCCUCCGCAGCAGACGGCCACCCGGCAGCAGUACCCCAUGAUGCACAACCCGUACCAGCAGCCCCAGCAGUCCUACCAGACCUCCUCCGGCAUGAUGCCUCAGAGCUCGGGUGCCCAGGCUCACCCCCAGCCUAUCGCGCCGGCUCCGUCUCCUGGUGGUCGCGUCCCGCCCGUCCUGCGCCCGAUGCCAGCCGGUGGUGUGAUGCCGCAGAGUGGCCUGGCCUCUCCCUACGCGCAGAGCCCUAUGAUGGCGCAGCCCUCGCUCAUGCAGGAAAACGACCAGCCCACCCACGUCGUCGGGUCGCAAGGCCGUAGAGGUAUCCUCCCCAGCGCGCCCGGCAGGCCUGCUCCUCCUGCUGCCGGUUCUGCUGCCGCCAAGGCCCAGAUCCCCCAGAAGGACGCCGACGGCAAAUUUCCUUGCCCUCACUGCACGAAGACAUAUCUUCAUGCCAAGCAUCUUAAGCGUCACAUGCUCCGCCACACUGGUGACCGCCCCUACAUGUGUGUGCUCUGCAGAGACACAUUCAGCCGCUCAGACAUUUUGAAGCGCCACUUUCAGAAGUGCUCGAUCCGCCGAGGCAAUCCCACUGGUGUCUCACACUUGAGCCACCCUGCUGCUCACGUUAAGAAGAACGCCCAGAAGACGGCGGCCCAGCUGGGGCAUGGUCAUGAGGGAGACAUGGGUCACCUCAACGGCAUGAAUAAUGCUCAGCACCUGUCGCGGUCCAGCAGCCACUCUGAAGAUCGCAGAAGUGGGCCUGCGCCGAUCCUGAACCCAUCGACUCAGCAACAGUACAAUGGCGUUCCUACCUCGAUGGCCCAGCAGAUGGCCCCGCAGAUGGCCCCCUACAGCAUGUCGCAGAACCAGAACGGUGUGCCCAUGUUCAAUGGAGGGUCCAACGGCCAGCAGCAGCAGUCGAAUUUGGACUGGCAGGCUAUGUUCGACCGCAAGCCUCAGUAAUUUUGUGAACAAUAAUACCUACGGGUUGGUUCGCCCGCCUCAAAACGAAAUCACCUCUCAUGCCACUAUAUCAUUGUCUCAACCUCAACCCCACCGACAUAAUGAACUGUCAAUUGCUGUCCGAUAAGAUCACGCAAUAUCUUCGCCUGUCUGUCUGAUGUCGCUUCGAAGCGUUUCGACCAGGAUCUGAAAACCAAUCUUGUUAUGCGCUCGCCAAGAUGCCCAUCUGCUGCAUCAAUCUACUUUUAGCAUCUCGUGCUCUAUGAUUCUUCGAGAUGCCAUUGAAUUCGAAACCGUCAUGGUUGGACAGCGGAACCCGCGCCAUGC